AUGAAUCAGUUACUUAAGUAUGACGAUAAGUUGGGAGAUGGAGAUAGAAGUUAUCAACUAAAGCUGGGAGAUGGAGAUAGAAGUUAUCAACUAAAGCUGGGAGAUGAAGAUAAACGUUCUCCAUUAAAGUUGGGAGAUGAAGAUAAACGUUCUCCAUUAAAGUUGGGAAAUGGAGAAGCUUCCUUACCACGCAUUAGCACUACGUUAAAAAAGUGGCUUGGAAUAGUUCUGGCAGUCUUCACAGCAGUAAUGGCAGCUGUAAAUGGACUACUUCUUAACACUACGGAAGGAAUCUCACCCACCGUGAUGUCCGGAAUAGUUGCACUAGGACCAAGUAUCACUGCACUGCCGUUUCUGAUAUACAGAAGAGAACCUGUUACCUUUCCCAAGAAGAAAAUGGCAUUAAUAGUUUUUCGAUCUCUUUUGGGAACGUUCGGUGACGUAGCUCGGUUCAUUUCCUUCACAUGCAUUCCUCUCGGAGAAGCAUCUGUACUGUACUACUCUCUUCCUGUGUACAGCUUGAUCUUUGGACGCCUUGUAUACCGAGAACCUUGUGGAAUAUGGGAAAUUACCUUGGUGUGUCUAGACUUUACUGGAAUAUUCCUUGUCUUAGCUCCAUCAGUCGUAAGUGGUGUUUUCGAUUUAAGUAAUUACGCCGAGAAGAAAAAGAUAACUGGAAUUGUAUUUGCAAUUCUUGGAGGAGUCUUUGAUGCAAUUAGUAUUUCCAUGCUUCAGAUGGUCCGCGAUGUCCCUUGGACUUCGAACCAAGUCUGGAGAGGUCCUGCCGGGGCAUUCAGUGGCUUUAUUUGUGCUUGGUUCUUCAACGAAUUUUUCUUUCCUCCUUGUGGAACUGAGUCGACAAUGACGUUAGCUUUUCUGUUCCUCUCUGUGUGUUAUCAAUUUAGCAUAUACCAGGCAACAUAUUUAAUAGCAGCAAGCCACGUAACCGUUUUUCUUACUUUAGAAAUAGUUGCAGCUUAUAUAUUUGAAGUGGCUUUCCUUGGAGGUAUACCAGCUAUGACUUCUGUAAUUGGAGCCAUUUUGGUGACAGUAGCAGCAGUCAUGUUUAACUUGAAAGAAAAACUGUUGUCAUCGCUACGGAAUUUCUUUGGAAAGGAAAACAACGAAUCAGAGAAUUUUGAGGAAAAAUGUACUCAAAAUAAAAAAGAAUCAAUUUUUUUGCCGUUGGAUCCAAUUCCAGGAUGCUCUAGUAAGAUUUAA